AACAAAACAUAUGAAGAAUUUAUUGAAGAAUUUAAAGCCAUAAUCAUAGAAGGGCUUGUGAACGGAAAUUUCAAAGUCAACUAUAAUUUUCCAAACGAAACAAAGUUUCUAAUGGCAUCAAAAGAAGAUAUUUUCGUUCUUGUGCUUUGUGAGCUCAAAGAAAGGAGUCUUGUCUCACACUCAAAAUCCGGCAUUAAUCGAAAAAUUGGGAUAAAUGAUGUGAAAAUCAUGUCAAGAAAAAGUCCAGCCUUGGGUGUUUUUGGUGCCAUUAUUACCGACAAGUAUUGUAAACAUUCCGCAAGGUCAAAGGCGAAAGAGCUGAACGUUCUUAUCACAGAUCCCACUGAAGCGUUGAGUAAGUUGAGUAAAUUUGUGGUGGAAAAAAUAAAUGAAAGGGAGAAUGAAGUGCUAGCGAAAUGUAUGAGCAAGUUUAUGCUUGAGCAAGAUGAGAUCUAA